GUUUGUAAAAAAUUUGUUAUAAUUAUUUAAAAUGCCGACUCUUUGUGCCGUUUUUGGUUGUGUAAACAAAACCUUGGACAAAUCGUGUUCAUUUUAUCGGUUUCCAAAGGUUAAAGUGAAUGCUGCCUCAGAUUUAAGAACACAAAUAUUAAAACAGAGAACAGCGUGGCUUAACGCAUUACACAGAACUGAUGUUCAUGAUAGUCAGUUGAAGAACAUGAGGAUUUGUUCAGUUCAUUUUAAAUCUGGUAAACCAGCCAAUUACAAUGAUGAAAAAAAUCCAGAUUGGAUACCAACCUUAAGCAUGGGCUAUAACUCUGUAAGAAGUAAAGCGACUACUCCUGCAAUUAAAAGUUACAAUCGUGCAAGUAGAAGAAUGGAAUUAAAACCUUCGCAAUUGUUUCCAAAUACUGUACAAUUAAAUGUGGUUGAUUCUUCUGAACACAGUAUGAUCAUUGAUGUACCAAAUGAUAUAUCGAAUAAUGCUACUGAAGAAAGUGGAACAGCCUGUAAUACUGACCUUAAGUUAAAUGAUAUCAACGAGUUGGAGAAUUUACGAGAUAAGUGUUCUGAAUUACAAAAUCAAGUAGAUUAUUUUAACUUAAGUGAAAAAACAUUUAUUGGGCGGGAAAAAAUGUUAACUUAUUAUACAGGACUGGAAUCAAUGGCUGUUUUUAAUUUAGUAUUGGAUCAAAUUAAACAUGGACUAACUGCUAGUAAUCAGAGAUUGAACGAAUUUCAAAAACUUUUAUUGUGUCUAAUGAAAUUAAGAUUAAACUUUCCAUUUACUGAUUUAGGAUAUAGAUUUAUUGUAACAUGUUCAACAGCAUCAAUUAUUUUCAGGAAAGUGAUCAUAUUGUUAGAACACAUGUUUAAAAAUUUAAUAUAUUGGCCAGAGAGGGAAGCGCUACGCAGUACAAUGCCAAGAUCAUUUUUUAAUAUAUUUGGCAAUUCAGUUGCUGUUAUUAUUGAUUGUUUUGAGAUUGCUAUAGAAAAACCAUCAAAUUUAAAAGCAAGGGCACAAACAUGGUCAUCAUACAAAAAUAAAAAUACUGUAAAAUAUCUUAUAGCUAUAACUCCCCAGGUAAGUAUUUCAUAUAUAUCAGAUGGUUGGGGUGGUAGAGUUAGCGAUAAACAUAUAACUGAAAAUUGUAACUUUUUAAAUAAUUUAAUUCCAGGAGAUGUUGUUUUGGCCGACAGAGGAUUUACUAUUAAUGAAAGUGUUGGUUUUCACUGUGCAACAUUAAAGACUCCAGCUUUUACAAAAGGUUUACCCCAGUUACAUCCAUGCUCUGUUGAAGAAACCAGAAAAAUUGCAUCAGUUAGAAUUCACGUUGAGCGAAUUAUUGGUCUUACUAGAUCAAAAUUUUAAAUUUUAAAUGGUCCAGUACAAAUAACUACACUUAAACAUCAAGAUGAUGAGACAUGUCUAUUAGAUUCCAUUGUAACAGUUUGUU